AAUUAAUACUAUGUGCACACAGAGAAAAUAAAUGAUAAGGCAAAAUUGAAAAAACAAUUUGGUAAAAUCUAUACAGUAGUAUAGUUUAUAGUCCCUGAUACUUAUCUGAAAUUUUGGAUUACUUCACAUUAAAAAAAAAAGGCGAAGAAACUUAGAAAAAACAUCAGUAAUGCAGGGAUAAGCAUACCAGCUUCCUCUUCAUUCCUUUCAGAUAAAUAACUCCUAUUUUCAUUGUUAUCCAGCUGUGACCUUACCGUCACACUUCACUCCUUGACAGACUGUCUUUAGGAAUGGAGGGUAAUCAAUCAUGGAUUGCAGAAUUCAUCCUGGUAGGAUUCCAACUCAAUGAAGAUUUGGAAUUGGUCCUGUUUGGUACCUUCUCCCUGUUAUAUACCUUCAACCUGCUGGCGAAUGGCAUGAUCUUGGGUCUCAUCUGCCUUGACCCUAGACUGCACACCCCCAUGUACUACUUCCUGUCUCAUCUGGCCAUCAUUGACAUAUCCUAUGCUUCUAGCAAUUUGCCCAAUUUGCUGGCAAAUCUAGUGAAACACACAAAAAACAUCUCCUUUGUCUUAUGUACUUUGCAGAUGAUUUUUAAUUUGACUUUUGCUUCAAUAGAGUGUUUGAUUUUGGUGGUGAUGUCCUAUGACAGGUUUGUGGCAAUCUGCCAUCCCCUGCAGUACACGGUCAUCAUGAACUGGAGGGUCUGCACGUUUCUGGCCAUCGCUUGCUGGGCAUGUGGAUUUUCCCUGGCCAUAGUACAAGUAAGUCUGUUUCUAAGGCUGCCUUUCUGUGGGCCCCAGAAGGUGAACCACUUUUUCUGUGAGAUUCAAUCUGUUCUCAAAGUGACCUGUGGUGACAUCUGGAUCAAUGAAAUGUUCCUCUUUGCUGAAGGUGUGUUUAUUUUAGUUGGGCCCCUUUCCCUGAUGUUGGUCUCCUAUGUGCACAUCCUCUGGGCAAUCCUGAAGAUCCAGUCAAAGGAGGGCCGCAAGAAAGCCUUCUCCACCUGCUCCUCCCACCUCUGUGUGGUUGGGUUCUACUUUGGCAUAGCCAUGAUGGUGUACUUGGCCCCUGACAGUAACCACCGAGAGGAACAGAAGAAAAUCCUUUUCCUGUUUUACACUCUAUUCAACCCAUUGCUGAACCCUCUUGUCUACAGUGUAAGGAAUGCUCAAGUGAAGGCUGCCUUCCACAGAGUAUUGCAGAAGAAAAGGACAGUGUGA